UACUUUUCUUUUCUUCUGGGAAACGAAUAACCCCCACCUACACUCUUUUAGCCCUAUAUAAAGGGAACAAUUUGGUCAGAGGUCCUCUUCAAUCUUCAGUUGGCUUACAACGCAUAUCGUACUGUUUCGUUUCCGUGAUCGGGACAUCGAGCUUAAAUCUUAGAGUCAGUGUUGGACUCCACCCGAGGGACCUCUGGUCAGGUUGGCUCCCUCCUCAAACGCAUUGACGAUCAACUCCAUCCAAGAAGCGGUACCAGAAAAUGUCAAAUUUCAAUCGCGGACGCAGUAAUACGCCGACAGAAACACUGGCAGAAACUGUGACGUACAGCCAAGGGGCAUCUUACUCCGAACCGACAAUUACCAACAAUUCAGCACAAUUAACUGAUAACACCGAGCGUUACUCAUCCCUUUUUGUAAAUAUUCCGUCACCUGGAUCUAGCGUUAUCGGGAAUCCAUCUUCUUCUCCCGGCCACUUCCCCUUUUCCCUCCCUGAGUUGUCUCCGCGGUGGUAUUCACCCAUCCCCUCUCCUGAGUUCGGGCGGACCCUAAACUCGGCCAUCCCUUCCUCUACACCUGAACUAAGUACCUACCUUCCCUCACCAACUUCAGUCCCUGAGAAUCCCGAUUUUUCCGGCCUACCCAUCCCUACCAUUCCAACAUUAAGGGAGUUUUCGCAGGGCGCUUUCCACCUAUUAUUAGAGUACUUCCUAGAUUUCUUUCCCACCUAUUCUCUUCCACUCCCUCCUAACACUAUAACCUGCGGUCCAGGACCCAUAAAUAUUCCUGCUCUCAGGAUCGCAGUCGAGAACGCUGGUCCCGACACAUUUAUACCCUUCAUAACCCACCACCGCGUUCAUCCUGUAUUAAUCCCUGCGAUUUAUAUUAGAGAAUUUAUUUUUAAUUUGGACAUUUAAGUAUGAAUAUGGUAGAUUUAUUUUAUUUAUCAUUAUAGUUUGAAAUAUCGAAUAUGUAUUGAUGGUAUAGAGAGUUUAAGUGCGAGUUUAAUUUUUGAGAAUUUUAAAAUUAUAUAGACAAACUAAUAUUACCUCCAUUAUGCGUUUCGAAGUUAUAGUUAUCUAUCCGUUACUUCAAAUUAUGUAUUCUUACCAACGAUGUUCGGAAAUGUAUCAUUCCUCUAAUUAGAACUAUCUCAAAUCUUUUUGUCUCGAUUUUAUAAGUUAGUCAAAAUUACAGUUGCGCUAUUUAUAAGAAAUAAAAUCAUGAAUAAAUUUGUAGUCCAAAUUCUAAAUUAUAGUCAAACGUAUCAGUAGCGAUUCAUUAAUUUCAUUUAUAUAACCAUUAGACAGAAUAUAUUAGUGGAAAUGUUUUAAGAGACAAACCCAAGUUUCAUUUAUUUCUAACUACCCUCGUAUAACAUCCCUUUCCUUGACAGAUCGUACAGGUCUUAUCCUUGGUAAUAGAGAUUCAUUUCCCUUACCUAAAAAGGACCAUCGAGUUGACCAUCUAGAAUAAUAGGGUAAAAUCGACUUCGGUCGUUGACCCGAAAAUCGAGUGUCCGUUUCGAAUAAUAGG